AUGGGACAUGCCCCCUCGUAUAAAACCAUACAGAGAUGAUUUGAUCGUUUCGGAAAUAGCGACUUUUCGUUGAUUGAAAAGGAAUGCUCAAGACCACAUGAGUUGGAUUUGAAUGCACUAUAAGCCAGUGUUGCAUCGGAUCCGCUUAAAACUACCCGUGAGCUUGCAAGCAUGCUUGGUGUCUCUCAUAGCUUCAUAUCAGAUGGCUUGAAAUUGCUCGGCAUGAGUAAAGUUCUUGUUUGAUUCGUACCUCAUUAUUUGACCAGUUCCAGCCUUGGCCGCCGAGUUGAAAUUUCAUAUAAUCUCCUCCGCAGUGACCGUUGGUUGGGCUGGCUUAUUACUAGAAACGGGAAGUGGGUGUUGUGCGCUAACCACCACAGGCAAGCCCAAUGGAUUGAAGAAUGACAAACCCCACAGGAUAUUCCGAAAUUCAGCCUUCACCCAAAAAAAAAAGUAUGCUCUCUUUUUGAAUUGAAAACAGCAGUCAAUCGUUCAGCCUUACAGGAGGAGAAAGUAUAUUUCCAACAUUAUAACGCUCAACCACAUGUUGCAAAACAAGUGGUGCAGGAACUGACAGAAUAUGGAUAAGUGAUUUUCCCUCAACCACCGAAUUCUCCUGACAUUGCUCUAAGUGAUUAUUGGCUUUUCUCCGAUCUGGCUCUUGCCCUUCAAGGUAGAGCUUCCAUACCAAGAGAAAAUUUCAAAACGGAGAUCAAGCAAUAGUCCCUGUCUGUUGGAUUCUACAGGCAGGGGAUCCACAAGUUACCUCAACGUUGGUAGGACAUUGUUGAUCAUGAUGGGGCGUAUAACUGA